UUCAGAGACGAUCGUCGCGUUGGAUGACCUGAAGGCCAUUCAAUCGAUUAAAGACACUGAAAAUGUUGAUCAAAGAAUACCGGAUUCCGUUGCCCCUGUCGGUCGAGGAGUACAAAGUGGCACAACUAUACAUGAUUGCCAAAAAAAGCAAAGAGGAGACACAGGGAGCCGGCAGUGGUGUUGAGAUUAUGGUGAACGAGCCAUAUGACAAUGGCCCGGGAGGGUCGGGACAAUACACGCAUAAGAUAUAUCACGUGGGAUACCACUUACCAGGAUGGCUCAAAGCAUUGUUACCGAAGUCGGCGCUAACCGUGGAAGAAGAGGCCUGGAACGCCUACCCGUACACUAAAACUCGUUACACCUGUCCGUUCGUCGAGAAGUUCUUCAUCGAGAUUGAGACCAAGUAUUUUGACGAUUGCGGUGAUCGCGAGAAUGUCUUCGAACUCAACAACUCUGAGAUGAGAUCGCGAGUCGUCGAAUAUGUUGUGUUCGCAGAUGUGAUUGACAUCGUUAAGGAUCAGCUCUACUCAUCCGACUAUAAGAAGGAAGAGGACCCCAAGUACUACGUGUCGGAGAAGACACGGCGCGGACCGCUCACCGAGAAUUGGGUCGAAGAGUACUGGAGUGCUAUAAAGAGGAACAACAGGUCCAAAGACAAGUACAUUAUGUGCGCCUAUAAGUUGUGUAGAGUUGAGUUCAAGUACUGGGGAAUGCAGACGAAGAUCGAGAAAUUCAUUCACGACUCGGCAUUAAGGAAGACGAUGGUGAGGGCCCACAAGCAGGCCUGGACCUGGCAGGACGAGUGGGUCGGCCUCACUAUGGCUGACAUCAGACAACUAGAAAAGGAAACUCAGGAGUACUUGAAGUCACGAAUGGCCGCCAAUAUGAGCGAUAGUGCCACGAAUGAGACGCUCGACAACAGCCCGCAGAACAUGAAUACUAAUGAAUAUGACUUACAAAUAGCAAACUGGCGAAUGGAGAGCAUUGUUAGGGAUUCCUGUUCUGAAGGCAGUUCUGAUGAUGAGUUCUAUGAUGCCGAGGAAAUACUAAACGUGAGUCCAUUAACCAAAUGGAGUUCACUUGAUUACAUACCGACCGAUAUGGGGGUCAAAAGUCAACAGAGUGUGGACGCCGGCGAUGACUGUAAAUACGGUUAUAUUUUACGUGAAAUGCAAAUGAGUUUAAAACGAAAUCUCUAUUUAAAAGCCGAUAACAUCUUCUCCGAGGCAUACAUUAAACGCAUACAAACAGAGCACUCGAAGCACCAGAAGUCGGCGUUUAUGAACAGACAUAGCGUGGACACGACGUCCCUUCCCAGUUCGCCCACUCAUCAAACUCCCUGUCCCACCGAUAUCCUGCUGAUUAUCGUGCACGGGGGCAGUCUGCUUGACUCCGGCGCUGAACUCAAUUCUAGUAAGACAUCAGACAUAACGACAUUCCGGAGUUCACUGGAAGGCGUCGUUCGGCAGCACUACCCGAGACUUAACGGAAGGAUAGCCUUUCGCCUCAUUUCGUGUCCGUCUAUAUGUUGCGACUCUCUGGCGGUUCUCUCCACUCUCAGUCCAUACAGUUUCCAGUCCUCGCCCUCAGCUAUUGAUGGCGUUUACCAUACAUACGAUGCCAUACCUAUCGGAGCACUCCCUCUGUUUGCCGUCUCAUCGCAUGAAUACCACGAAAACGUGUCGAAAGUAAUUUCCGCAACAAAUCAUACGUACAGUGAGUUCCUGAAGAGCGAAGAAGGGCUCGGCUUUUGCGGCCAAACAUGUCUUAUCGGUGAUAGUAUUGGUUCCAUCGUCGCGUUCGACGCCUUCUGUCGAUCCAAUCAUCUCUGCAGUCAAUUUGGCAGCGAAUCCAGUAUUCCUGAUCUGUCCGAAGGCCAUAAGACGGGCGACUCGAUGUACUCACACCCCUCUCAGUCCAGACCGGUCUUCACCACUCAUAAGAAUCCGUUGAUUUCCAUCAGCGAUGGCAGCGGUAAUGAAGACGCCGACGAUGAGUCCAAAGCAAACAAAUCAAAGACGUUGCCACUGAAGCCAAACACAGUCGCUGUGCAGCGACCGUACGUCAAGUCAUACUCACAUCCCGGCGAAAGCACGGUCUGUACGGACGAGGGUGCCUGCCAUCGCCUCCUGACGGCUCCUCUGCCGCGGCGCCGGAGUUCCUGUUCUAGUGAUCAAAGUUGUUGUCAUCGCUUCGAGUUCGAAGUCAAUGACUUCUUUAUGUUUGGAUCCCCUCUCGGACUUGUUCUCACUUUUAGGAAAAUGUUAUCCAUUGAUGACAAGUCAUGUCCACUUCCAAAGCCUUCGUGUACUCAUAUCUACAAUCUGUUCCAUCCGACCGAUCCAUCAGUUUUACGAUUAGAGCCUUUACUGAGUGCCAGGUUUUCACACAUUCCACCCGUUAAUGUCCCGCGAUAUCAGAAAUAUCCGUUAGGAGACGGACAGCCCAUCCAUUUGCUUGAAUAUUUGCAAACAUAUUCGCAUUUGUUUGCGGCCGAAACGGGUACACAAAUACCUCACACAUCAUACCCGACAAUGGGUCGGCGCACCAGUGAAGUCAGUAUUACCAGCAAUAUAUCGGUAGCACUGGAUUCGCUCACAUUACCCAACAUUACUUCACUCACUUCAAAAUGGUGGGGCUCUAAGAGGGUAGACUACGCGCUGUACUGUCCCGAAGGAUUAAACAACUUUCCGACGCACGCCUUACCCCAUCUAUUCCACGCUAGUUAUUGGGAAUCAAAUGAUGUCAUUUCCUUCAUAUUAAGACAAAUCUCAAGACCUGAAUACAUGGCGUCCAAUGCUUUAGACACAGAGAAAGACAUCCAUUCGUUCACUCCGUCUCAACCGCGAGAAAAGUGGCAAAAGAAGAGGACAUCAGUGAAGCUGAAGGUGAGCCGAGUAUGUCAUCUCCCACUCCUCGCUUCGCUGAAUGAGUUCAUUCAUUUAACCGUGAAUUCAAUGCAUUCCUCCGCAUCGCAUAACCACAUGCAGAACAUAACCGCCAAUCACAGGGCGAACGAUGUGAUCGUUAUGGAGGGCUCGACGCAAGUAAUCACCGCUCGCUUUAUGUACGGCCCGCUGGAUGUGGUGGCGCUUACCGGCGAGAAAGUGGACAUCCAUAUAAUGAAAAACACCCGAUCCGGCGAAUGGACUUUCUUGAGCACCGAACUCACCGAUAAGUCCGGACGAGUCAGUUAUGUCAUACCCGAGGAUAAGACGUUAACCUAUGGUUUAUAUCCGGUUAAGAUAGUAGUCAGGGGUGAUCACACGUCCAUUGAUUUCUAUUUGGCUGUCGUUCCGCCGAAAACGGAAGCCGUGGUCUUCAGUAUUGACGGCUCGUUCACCGCCAGUAUGUCUGUCACCGGAAAGGACCCGAAAGUCAGAGCUGGAGCUGUAGAUGUAGUCCGUUAUUGGCAGGAAUUAGGAUAUCUUAUAAUUUACAUAACAGGCCGUCCAGACAUGCAACAGCAACGAGUCAUAUCAUGGCUCUCUCAGCAUAACUUCCCGCACGGAUUGGUCACAUUCGCUGACCGACUGUCCACAGAUCCCUUGCGACAUAAGGCCGAACACCUCAGACACCUUCAAAACGAUGUAAAUAUUUCUCAACAGAUCAAUGAUUGCUUGGUAUUAACUCUGUGUUUGCACUCGAAGUGUGAGAUUGUAUUCCAGGCGGCGUACGGUUCCAGUAAAGAUAUAUCUGUUUACCAAUCAUUGGGUCUCAAACCGGAUCAGAUCUACAUUGUGGGCAAAGUCUCUAAAAAGCACCACUCGAUGGCUAAUAUUUUAAGCGAAGGCUAUGCGAUCCACUUGAAUGAGUUGAUAGCACUGGGAUGUUCCCGACCCGCUCAGGGAAACGCUCGUAUGGUUCUGCCGAGGAGUGGUUUCGGAGGCGUCCGACACCGACGCUCGACCAAAGCCAAGCGCACCAUCUCUUACCCGUUGACAUCGCAAAUGUCUGUCCCCUCGACCCUGAACUCCAUAGCCAGUACGGCUCCGCCAACUUAUAAGAUUUAA